CCAACUGAGGAUCUACAUUCUCUGCCAACUGGGCCCCCAGCUUCCCUGUCAGCUCACUGCUUCCUCCUCUGAGGCCUGGACAAAGGGCAAGGCCGCGGGGACCCAGACUGUCCCCAGACAGGGAGAGGGAGAUCCUUAGUGCCCUUCCCAGUGGUUUGUUCUGAGCUGAGGACAAAGCUGCUUUCUGGAGCUUUCUGCUGACUCCAGGAGAGGGAAAGGCAGGUCCAGGGCAGGACUUGUAACAGGCAACCAGAGAAGGAGGAAGGGUGAGGAGGUUUCUGAAAGAAGAAGAGGGCCAUUUGGGAGAGCACAGAGGCCUGUAGGUGCCUCCUCGAGGGUUUGGGGCCUGUGGUGUUGGCCUGGAGAGAGCACAUUCCCCUUCAUCCAUCCACGUGGCCCACCCCAUGACAUCAGUGGAAAGGAAGCACCUUGUCGGUGACAUCACUGUUGCCCCAGGCAACACCUCCACCUCAAGGCAGGCAUGGAGGAGAAAGAUCAGCCUCAACUGUAAGACACAUGUUGGAGGGAAGAGACAGAGAAGGCAUCACAUCCACAGGAAAGCUCGGGCCAUGGCCAUGGGGCUCUUCCGGGUGUGCCUGGUGGUGGUGACGGCCAUCAUCAACCACCCGCUGCUGUUCCCGCGGGAGAACGCCACGGUCCCCGAGAACGAGGAGGAGAUCAUCCGCAAGAUGCAGGCGCACCAGGAGAAGCUGCAGCUGGAGCAGCUGCGCCUGGAGGAGGAGGUGGCGCGGCUGGCGGCCGAGAAGGAGGCCCUGGAGCGGGUGGCGGAGGAGGGCAGGCAGCAGAAUGAGGCCCGCGCGGCCUGGGACCUCUGGAGCACCCUCUGCAUGAUCCUCUUCCUGAUGAUCGAGGUGUGGCGGCAGGACCACCAGGACGGGCCCUCGCCCGAGUGCCUGGGCGGUGAUGAGGACGAGCUGCCUGCACUGGGGGGCGCCCCCCUGAGAGGCCUCACCCUGCCCGACAAGGCCACCCUCAGCCACUUCUAUGAGCGCUGCAUCCGGGGGGCCACGGCAGACGCUGCCCGCACCCGGGAAUUCGUGGAAGGCUUCGUGGACGACUUGCUGGAAGCCCUGAGGAGCCUCUGCAAUCGGGACACAGACAUGGAGGUGGAGGACUUCAUUGGCGUGGAUAGCAUGUAUGAGAACUGGCAGGCGGAUAGGCCGUUGGUGUGUCACCUCUUUGUGCCCUUCACGCCCCCAGAGCCCUACCGCUUCCACCCGGAGCUCUGGUGCUCCAGCCGCUCUGUGCCUCUGGAUCGCCAGGGCUACGGCCAGAUUAAGGUGGUCCGGGCCGACAGGGAUGCCCUGGGCUGUAUCUGUGGCAAGACCAAGCUGGGGGAAGACAUGCUCUGUCUCCUCCACGGCAGGAACAACCUGGUGCAGCCCAGUGGCGAGAUGGAAGACCUGCUGUGUGCCAGUGAUUCCCCCUACCUGGACACGAUGCAGGUCAUGAAGUGGUUCCAGACAGCCCUCACCAGAGCCUGGCACCGCAUCGCCCACAAGUACGAGUUCGACCUGGCCUUUGGCCAGCUGGACAGCCCAGGGUCCCUCAAGAUCAAGUUCCGUUCAGGGAAGUUCAUGCCCUUCCACCUGAUUCCUGUGAUCCAGUGUGAUGACUCAGACAUGUACUUUGUCUCCCACCUUCCCAGGGAGCCCUCCUGGGGGACCUCAGCCUCCAGCACUGACUGGCUUCUGUCCUUUGCAGUCUAUGAGCGACACUUCCUCCGAACAACCUUAAAGGCACUGCCCGAGGGUGCCUGCCACCUCAGCUGCUUGCAGAUCGCCUCUUUCCUGCUCUCCAAGCAGAGCCGCCUGACCGGGCCCAGCGGGCUCAGCACCUACCACGUGAAGACGGCCCUGCUGCACCUCCUGCUCCUCCGAAAGGCCACUGACUGGAAGGCUGGACAGCUCAAUGCUCGUCUGCAUGAGCUGCUCUGCUUCCUGGAGAAGAGCCUGCUCGAGAAAAAGCUCCAUCACUUCUUCAUCGGCAACCACAAGGUGCCGGAGGCCAUGGGACUCCCUGAGGCUGUGCGCAAGGCUGAGCCUCUCAACCUCUUCCGGCCCUUCGUCCUGCAACGAAAUCUCUACCGUAAGACAGUGGACUCCUUCUAUGAGAUGCUCAAGAAUGCCCCAGCACUCAUCAGCGAGUAUUCCCUUCAUGUCCCUGCAGACCACACCAGCCUGCCCCAAAAAGCUGUCGCCUUGUAGAGCACAUGGGACCCGGGAUGCCAGGACGAGGGCAACCCCCACGUUCAGACCCCGGGGCAUCUGCAAGCCCUGUCCUGGGAACAAGGCAGGCUUUGGUGGGAGCCAUGGCUCAGCCUGCCAGGAAGCCAGGCCUUCCAGUGCGGAGAAAACAAUACAACUAGAAGCUGAUUUGUUGUCAUGCCAUUGGGGCCUGUGGGUAAAGCUCUUGUUUGGGUUUGGGGACUGAUCCUUUACAAGUUACUUCUGGAUCACCACAGAUGGCCAAGAUGAUGAAAGAACACUGUGGACACUGAAUUAGCAACGAUGCAGUCAUUGGUUUUGGUGUAAUUCACUUUCCAUCCAAGGUCCAGUCUGUACUAGAAUAAGAGCAGAGGAUCUAUAAGAAUGCUGACAGGGACCUGUUUCAUCACCCCUAAUCCCAGGAACCCUUGCCCCCAGCCAUCUGCAGCCAAAGCAUUAACAGAGACAGAACCUUUGAUCCACAUCCUGCACAACAAUAGGGCUGUCACUGUGGCUGCCACUUUUUUAUACUAUUUAGAGAAAAGACCUAUUAGAGAUUCGAGGUCCCAAGUGGCUAAUGUCUCUGUCACAUGGGAAUGGGUACUUGAUGGCAGAGAAAAGUUUGAAGUUGGCUGCCUUUCAGCUACACUUCUCACUUGGGUGCACCCACUUCCACUUGGCGUGCCAUGUCCCAAGCACCAUGGGUGUCAUUUACCAUGCUGGGUGCCAGCUCAGCGGCCCCUCUCUUUAUCACCCUCACAGCUGGUCUCUCUGACCACCAGUGUGGUGGGGAGGGCAGAUGCUGAUGCUGGAAGCUGAUCUAAAGAAAGAGACACACAGACGGUGACUGGGGCAGAGGACGAAGCCUGGUACCCAGGGUGCUGGGAUCUGGCUUGCAGUCUGGCCCAGCUCAAAGGAAGUUGCAGAGCCCAGGGGCGUGGGAUGCUGUAGCCCUGGAUUGUCCCAGGGUCCCAGUCGUAGGGCAGGGUGUGCUUGGAAGCAAGAGCUGCUGUGGAAACCCAGCUCUAGUCUGCAGGCCCCAAGUCCCCCCCAGUUCCUCACUUCAGCAGGGCUCCCUCACUGCCCGGAACCCACCUUACUGCACGGGCCUUGCUGAUCACACAGAUGACCCAGACCCAAAGAGCAGAGGCUCAGCUGACUGGGACCCACAGGGACAGCACUGUGGGCACAGCCCCCAGGCCUCAGAGAGGACACCUUGGCACUGCCAGGGGCUGUGGUCACUGGGUGGGUGCCAGAGCCUGCAGCUGCAGCUGGGCUGUAUCUCCAGGUCUGAUUCAAGAGGGUCAGGAAGCCUCUUAUCCACCUGCAGUUUCACUGGCCCUUUGAGAUUUCCUCUCUCAACAUCACCUCAGUGAUGCCAAGGAGGAAACACAAGAAUUAAGACUCUACCGUGUUCUGCCUCCAGCCACCCACUUCCUCCACCAGGUGCAGCUGCAGCUCCAGGGUUUAAGCCAGCCAUGCCUCCCAGACAGCAUAACCAACUCGACGGGGUGCCCAGGUUCACCGUGAACCAAAGAAAGGCGCUACUUCCCCUAGCCCUGGGAGCCCUCUCACCCAGCCUGAGAAAUCUCAGGAAGAUGGACCAUUUGCCUCUGAGGGUUCAUUCACAGUGGGGAGGCUUGGCUGUGGCCAGGGCAAGGGAGCCUAUAGGAAGACUUCUUGUGUGAGCGGGAGUUAGACUGAGCACAGGCUUGGGUCUGCCCCUCCCCAGGCUCCCAGCCACCAGCCCGGCACACCAGGGGAUAAACCUGCUCAAGUGUGUCUCUAACCACAGCCCUGAGCACCACCACCCCAAUUCCGCCGAAUGCAUUUCUAGAAUCAGAGCGAAUUUCCUUAUUUAUUAUUGCCCUUGCCAUUCCCCUCUUCCUCCUCCCGCUGUGCUUUGAAGAGACCCCAGCAACCAAAAACCAAGCUCCAGAAGCCAAAACCAAGCCUGGCUCUCCUUCGGCUUCCCCUCUGCUUCCAGGAGAAAGUUCACUGUAAAAAUACCUUCUGGCUUCUUGUUUAUACAGAGACUGUAGAACUCAGUGGGGAAACAGCAAUCUUUUGUGUACCAAAGCUGCUUCUGAAGCAGAAAGCAGUGGGGCUCUUGGUGUUUCAUACUGCCUUAUUUAUAUUAAAGGAAGAACUAAAUCUUGCAAGGAGUAGAAAAAGUCACAGUGUUUGCUUUUAACUUCAGGAAAUCUGUGAGGUUCCUAGGGCAGAGUUGGGGAGGGGAUGGAUUUCCUAUUGACUAUUGACGAGAUGCUUUCACUCCCCUUUUAUUCUUACACUUUCAGCAAACUUUAAAAAAUAACAAAAUAGAAUAUUUCUAGCCUGUCUUGAGGCAACUUGUAUGCUGCCUGCAGAGUUCCAGAAAGGGCCUUUGAAAGCCGGUUGUAGGGCGCAUUCCAGCCCAAGACCUUAUUUUACAGAGCUGAUGCAUGCUAAGAAAUGUAGGAGCCGGAAGUAACAGGAAGCUUUUGGUUUUUGAAGAAAGAGAUUGUCUUUUAAAUGGAGGAUUUCUAGUCCUCUAGGGCACUUUGGCCUUUCCGCUAACAGUCCCCACCCUCUUUCUCUAAGGAGUCUUUUUUUCCUUCCCAAGGAUUCUGGGUUUUACCCAGCAUCUGCUCACGUGCUUUGCAAAAUGCUCCAGGAUUGUAUUUGCUGCAUCCCUGACAAGGGUGAAAUGAACAGGGCUGGCCCAAGGCCAAGAGGUUGGUUAAGCUGGGGGAGGGCCCUGUGUCCCCAAAAGCACCAGCCCAUCAUCGUGCCUUGCUGAAGGAAACAGCUCUGGUUGAGAACUCAUGACUAGCACUCUGGUUCAUACAUAACCAAGGGUGCCAUCCAAAUUACCUAGUGAGCCUGGUCAAUUGCCCAGACCCCUUCUUGAACCUAUAUGGUUCCCAGAAUUCAAUCUGAAGUGGUUGGGCAAGGCUCUACUUUUAAACUUCCCCCGAGUGACUGAUGGCACCCCUAGUUGAGGAAGCCUUCUCACUUCCUUUCCAAAUGGAAAGUUAAAGGAAACCCAAGUGGACUGCUUUUCCCACGGAGCUAUUGGAAGAUAGACUUGGGAGAAUCCAAUUAGCCUGCUUGGGAUCUGCUGUCCAGGUGGCAUCAGCUUCACCACCGGCUUCUCUCGAGUACACCCACUCACAGUAGAUGUGAGAAGCAGAGAGAGGAUGGGGGAGGCAAAAGACGGUGAGUACUUCUUCCUAGCUGGUCAUUAAUAGUCCACAGGCAUUUAUGGGGAGCCUCACAUGCGCAAGGCACUGCAGAAGAUAGAAAAAUGAAUAGGACCAAGCCCGUGCCCCUGGGAGGGACUGCAUAAGGUGGCCUUCCAAGUACUCACCCACAAAAAGCACCACAAGAAGGAUCAAAAUGCAGUGCUAAUGGGUUCAAAGAAGACCAGUGAGUGCCUAUUUCUCCAAGUGUGGCCCUGCACUACACAUAUGGGUAUCGCCUGGGUGCAGGCAGGUUCAUGGCCAUGCCACAGAUGUUGGUGGAAUCUCUAGAAGUUGGACACAGGAAUCUGCUUUUCACCAGGUUCCCCAGGUGAUGCGGGAAGUCCAAGAACCACUGAUACCUGAGGUGAUGGGGGAAGGCCUCAUGGGGGGCUGCUGCCCGAUACAGCCCCUGAAAGAUGAGCAGGACAGUGACCAGGAAAAGCAUUCCGGCCAGAACCAUGGCUUGAAGGUGGGAAAGCGAAGAGGCAGGCAGCAUUGAAGCAGCACCUACUGUGUACCGGGUACCCUUCUGCGCACACUUAUGUAUAUUAACUCAUAUAAUUCCAUGCCAGUCCUAUGGGAAGAGCGCUGUUCUUAUCCUCCCUGUUUUCCAGAUGAGGAAACUGAGGCACAGAAAGACUAAGUGGCUUGUCUGUGGUCACAGGGUGGUAACAAAGCCAGGAUUCCAACCCAGGCGGUGCUGGCCAAUAUAUUGGUAUAUACUGAGAAAUCGUGGCAAAUAAGGUUGAAAAAGUAGAGUAGGGCUGAGCCACGGAAACCCUUGAACACUAAUCUAAGGCAAAUAUGGAUUUCAUGCAACAAGCAGUGGUGAGCCAUGGGUGGUUGAUUCGCCCCACAACUAUGGAGUUCUUAACUAUGUGAGCAGCUCCGUGUUCAGGGCUGUGGGGUAUAUGGCCAGCUUCCAGAGCAGGGCUGGUGGCAGCUGGCAAUGGUCACUGAAUGUCCAGGAAGUCCCAACUCGAGUCUCUCCCAGGCUGUGUGAUUCAGAAGGUUCUCAUGGUCCGUCUAGUCCCUACCUCAUGGGACAGAGCUGGAAGGCUGUUUGGUUUGGCCAGGGGACGGAAGGCAGAGGCAGCCAAGAAGCACACAGCAAAGGGCAGCAGUGCCUUCACCUCGCCUUGGCCGUCCCCUCCACCCCCGGGGAGGGGCCUCUUCUAGAGUUAACUGUUCUCAUUGCCAUCCAAAGAUAGGUUGUUUGUUUAACUAGUUUGGUUUCUUUUUUUAAACAAAAACAGUACAGUCAUAAUUAAAAAA